AGUUCAGACGAAGAAGAAAUGUCUGAUCUGGAAGGCGAUCAAGCUUCCGAUAAUGAAGAGUCCUACAAUUUUGAACAGAACGAAAAAACCAAGGAUACAAACGAGGAAAAUCAAGACAACAACAAUACACAACAAGCAGUAGAGACUACACCGUCAGAAAUCAGCACUAUUACAAAGCUUCCUUCGUUUAAAAAAAAACGUAGAGAUAUUGAUGAGGAGGAGAGUGCACGUUUGGCAGAGGUGCGUCGUGAGCUAUUGGAGCUAAAGAAUUCCACUUCAACUCGUGGAGAAAAUGAUGCAGCUGACGAACCCACCGAGGAUGAAAUUAUUGUCGACCCUCAACAAGCUGUACGAGACGAAGUUGCUGAAACUUUCGAAAGAGCUUUAAAAGCUGGAAAAAAAAAGAGAAGAAGACAGGAAGGCGAAGAUCUCGAUAAUAAUUUGGACGAGGAGUUAACUAAUUUAAGGGAACGUAUGAAAACUGCUGCAGAGGAAGAUGCAAUGUCAAAUGAACAAAGAAAAGCUGCGUUAGCAAAAUUAAAAAUGUUGGGAGAAGUGACGAAUAUGCUAACCAAUAAGCAUUUGCAAGACUCUGUUUUGGAUAAUGGCUUGCUAGAAUCAAUUCGCUUAUGGCUGGAGCCAUUACCAGAUCGAUCUCUGCCUAGUUUGGAUAUACAAGUGGAAAUGCUUGAUAUUCUUGAUAAACUUCCCAUUUCAGCAGAUCAUUUAAGAGAAAGUGGUGUCGGAAAAAUUGUCUAUUUUUAUACAAAAGCAAAACAAGUCGAGACUCCUAUCAGAAGAAAGGCAGAUAACUUGGUAGCAAAAUGGAGCCGCUUAAUUAUUAAACGAAGUGAAAAUUAUAGAGAUCGUCGUCCAGCACUUCAAGAAUACACUCAGGAACCAACGUCACGACAAAGAAAACGAUUCAGAAGACCCUCUGGUGAAGCAGGUGAUGAAAGUUACUGUAGCGAAACUCGACACUUUGUGCGUGUCCCGCAAGCUGUUGCUGCAGAUUAUGACAUUGCACCCCAAAGUACAGUUAGAGCUGAUAAAUCUCGAACUCCUAAAGCUGAUAGUACUUUUAGACGAUUAAACAACACUAUGCGUUCAAUCAAAACAGGCCCCAAGAAAGUAGGGCCUAAAGUAUCAAUCGAAGGAAAGGGGAUGAAUUUCUAAAUCAAGUACAUGUAUAAACUAUUUAAACUUGAAUCUGUCUUUUUGUUCUGUGAUAGCUUUUUGUAUCCAGUACUGUAAAUAAGGAUUAUAAUAAGAUAAACAAGAUCUAUUAAGAUGUAUAAACCUCUGAUAUGUUCAUAAAAGCUUUUUGAACAGGUUAACUCAAACCAACGAAAGAUAUUGGAAAGAGCAGGAAGAGAAAAGUACAUUUUAACUAUGCCUGCAGAAAUAGUACAAAUUGUAAGAGCAUCCAGGCUGUCAUUUUGAGAAAUUGAAAUAUCCUACUGAACACAAAACUAUUUACUGUCAAAGACCAUCUUUUCCAGGUCUAAUUUUGCUUGACUCUUCUUCUUGUAAUCAAGCCUAUAAGA